AUGAUUCAAAGGUCUGCAGAUGAUUCUAGUCUCACUAUAGAUAAUAUAUUAAAAGGAAAUUAAGCAUUUUAUAUUCCUGUGUUACUUCAAGCAUCAUAAGUGAAGGAAUAAAUUGUAGAAGAAACUUAGGAGGAUAAACCUAAUUUUUUUCAAGAAGUUUAAUUGUUAACGAAAAUACCUGAAAUUGUCUCAUUCAAUUUAAUUUAUAAUUACAAGACAAUUUUUAAGAAUGAGGGCAUUUCCUAUGAGGAUGCCAAACAUCUAGACAAAACUCGAAUUAAAAGGAAAGAAAGGGAAUAAAAGGCCAGUGGAACAUCUGUAGUAAAAGAGAUUGUUUCAACCAAGAAACAAUAUGUUAGACUAUACAAAAAUCAGAUUUCUAAACUGUGUUUCAUAGCUCCUAAGAAUCUCCUUUUAAUUAGUCAACAUUUAGGCAACAAUACUUAAUGGGAGAAGCAUUUAAAGUUAUAAGAUUUUAGUGGAUAGAGGCCAUCUCUGUCCAUAGUUCAAGAGAAAACAACAGGAAGAUUCUAUAUCUACGAUAAUAAAUAAGGGAAAGUUCAUAUAUACAGUUCAGAUAUGUUAAUAAAUGAUAAUAAAGAUAAACCUUUAGUUUCAUUAAAUCUGAAUGAGGAUAAGCCUAGAUAAGAUCCAUUAUUGUAUUUGAUUGAAUGUGAACAUGAAUAUUAAUGGAAAAGCGUGUUAUUCGUAAUUGGAGGACAUCAUUUACAGAGAGGAGAGAAGAAACCAUUGAAAACAAUCAAAGUAUUUGAAAUAAAAAGGAGAGAAGUUACACUAACACCUGUGUUAAUAAUCACAAUGACGAAAUCUAGAAUGAAUCCUAUAGUUUUUGAUUUGAUAAAGGACAAAGGACUGAUAUGGUAAGAUAAGGAUAAUGGAGAAAAGGAGAAAGUAGAUGCUGAACAUAGAUCAGUUGAUCAAAAAUAUAUUUUUAUAAUGGGUGGAAAUCCUUUAUUAGAAUACGAAAGAGAAGUAGAUCAAGAGUUGAUAGAAGCUAAUUAAACUUGUGAAUAUGUUAGUUUAAAAUUGAUUCUAGAACAUAUCGCUAGAGCCAAACUAUUUUCAAUGACAGAUUAAGCCAAUUUGAGUUUGAAUUUUGGAAAAUUUUCGAUUGUUGAUACUCUUACUAUAAAGUACCAAAAUAUAGUUGCAACCGAGAAGGUUUAUAGUCAUUUUUACAAUGCCUCAGUGACAAAAAUGGUGGAUGAUGUUUUCAAACAAAAAGCACUCAUUAUCUUGGGAGGCAAGGCUUCGUAAACAUUUUAAAUUUAAGCAAUUUCAUUCAAACUCAAUGAAAUUACUUUAAUAGGAUAGACAAAAUAGAUAUCAAAACCAUCUCUAAUAUACUCAGCAAGUAAUUUAAGAUAUUAUGAAAAGAAAGUGUUUUAUUUUGAUGACACAGAUAAAAAGGAACCUUCACAAUUACAGAACUUGGAAUCCAGAAGGGAUACCAAAGCUGCAUGCACUUGUAGUAUAAUGUGA